AUGGUUAUUGCUUUUAAUGUAUUUAUUGCUGGAAUAAAGUCAAAUCAAAUUUGUGAAAAAUCUAAAGAAAAGGAAACCAAAACUCAGGAGGAGGUAGAAAUUGAAGAAAUUAUUAAAGAAGAAGAAAAACCUGAGAACGUUGUUGAGGAUUUAUAUGGUUUAUUAUUAAAUAUCAUAAAUGUUCAUCGACCUCGAAAGAAACAAGUUAAAGGAAAUUAUAACCGAUCUAUUGCAUUUGGAUGUUUUUGUUUUGCUCCAACAAGUCAAAAGAGUGGAAAAGGAUUCCAAUCAGGAUUUUAUGAUGGUUUUAGUGUUUUAGAAGACGCCAUGGAUGGAACAUUAAUGAUGGCUUCUGCAGAUCAAAAUGGAUGCAUUAUGGCAUUUGAUUUUGGUGCAAACAAGUUUUGGCAGGUUUCUCGAUUAGGUAUAGCAGCUUCUGCUAUUGCCUUUACUCAUUUGGUUCGAAAUGAAUUAGUAGUGGCAUUUACCGACAACUCUAUCAGAUGUUACAACGUUGAGACUCGUCAACUUAUUGCUGAAGCUAGAAGCCAUCGAAGUCCAGUAAAUUGGAUAUCAAUGCACCCAAAACAACAUGUCGUCAUCACCAGUGCAAAAUCCGAAGCGAUAUUAUGGAAUAUGACUGAUUGGUCCAAGCAAAAGGUUUUGAAUCAUAUCAAAGAAGGUGUCGCGUUAACUCGCGCUGUUUACUCUGCGCAAGGGGAAUAUAUUAUUACAAGUUAUUUUGAUGAUUCAGUAUAUAUAUGGUCUAACAGUUCUUUUGAUCUCCUAUGGAAGUUACAAGUUCCUUCACGAGUUUCAUUAUUAAGAUUUUGUGACGCGUAUGAUAAUACGUGUAGAAUAGCUGUAACAUCUAAAAAUGGUAAAUUGAUCUUAGUUGCUGGCAAGACAAACAUUUUUAUUUGGGAAUUUGAUACGAAAAAUUUAAUUCGAGAUAUAAACCUUAAGUCUAUAAUUGAAGGUGAAAUUAUGAAACUCGAAUUAAUUCACGAUGAUUCGGAUCUUUUGGUUUCUACUUCAGAUGGGAGACUUCUGAUUAUUGACAUUUUUCAAAUUGAAUCACAGAUAUACCAUAUAAACGUACAGCGUCCCAUCAAAUUUUUUGAAAUAUCCCCCGAUGGAAAAUUCAUUGUAACAAAUUCAAUGGAGGAAAGAGCAACUUUGAAAAUUUGGGAUUUGGAAGUUUUAAUUUCUGAUACUUUGCAACACCAAUAUCGUGAUUUUUCCACAUUGAGAAGUAUAUCUCCUCCCACCGAAAUACGAAUGUCGUCAUUAUCUAAUAUCAUGUUUUCUUCGCAAGUUACUUCGGAAGAUGAUGAGGAAGUAUCUGAUGUAGUUUAUGGUCAAACAACAAAUGAGCUAAUUGGCACGUCUUCAGGAAACGCUAUUGUGGCUCAAGAAGCAAAUUAUACUUCAAGGAGAACUUCGAUAUCUACUAUGGGGUCAAGAGAUUUAUCGGGAUUAUAUCCUGCUUCAAGCGAAAAGAAAAGAGAGAGACUGGUCGAAAAACUACAUCAAUUAGGAAGAUACCCAGAUAAGCAUAGAGUUCGUAUAUGGUGUAUAUUAUUGGAUCUUCCUCAAAACCAACAAGCUUACAAAGAAGUAACCAGACAAUGUGUAAAUCCCGCCAUCAAGUCUUCAUUGUCAAAUAAUCUAAAGUCAAAUGAUUCCAAACAGCGAAGGAUAAUUGGAAAAUUAGAAAAUUUUUUAUCAGCCUUUGUUCGAUUAGGAUAUGAUCAACGAGUAGUAGCUGAAUGGAUAUCCCAUAUGGUAUAUCCAUUUAUGGAAUUGUUAACGGAAAUAUACGAAACUUUAUCAUUUGAACUAAUUUUGAUUAACUGGUACCAGUGUCGCUGGGAGGAAUUUCCCAACCCUCCAACCAAUAUCAUGAAUGCUAUAAAUGUUUUAUUGGCACAUUGGGAUAAUGAUUUACAUACGCAUUUAAUAUCUUGUAAUAUAAAGAUUCAGGAUUGCGCAUGGACAAUGAUUCUUUGUAGUUUUGCAAAAAUAUUAACGCGAGAAGAUUGGUUGGAAUUAUGGGAUCAUUUAUUAUCAAAUGAUGAGCCGUCGUUUAUGUGUUUUUUCAUAAUCUCUUAUAUAAUGAUAGCAAGAGACAUUUUAUUAGAAAUGACCCAAAGGGAUCAAAUUUUGGACUUCUUUACUAGAGCUAAUACCAUAAAUAUUUCCAGAAUUCUUGAAAUAUCUUAUAAAUUAGAGAAAGAGACUCCAUUGGAAAUAUCGCCAAGAUUUGAAAUAAGUAGAUAUAAACCCCUAAUAAAAUCAGGUAAAGAAUAUAAAUUAGAUUAUAUUACUAGUUUAAAUAAAUAUAGAACUCAAUAUGAUGAUAUACGAGAUUGGAUUUGGGAACAAGAAAAAGAAAUUAUAAAGAAAAGGUACUGA